UACCGUUCGCAGGCACUGGUUGCUCCGUUUCCACGCCAUCCAGCAUCCAGCACCCAGCAUCCAGUAUCCAACAUCCAGCAUCCGUCCUUCGAUUCCGGCCACAGCCAUCGCAACCCAAACCAACUCAAACCGACUAGCAUACAAAUACAAAUACCACCCCGUGGAGCAGGACAAUUCUGGUCAAGGAUUUCACUUUCGCUUUCGGAACUGAAUUGCUGGCCAGUUGCCAGAAGCAACCGGGUGACUUCUCCACUUACAAAACCGAGCUUUGCCGUCUUCGAUUUGCAUAUUUAAACUUGCAACGUUACGUUGGAGGAUCGUUGAGAACCAUUUAUGUGGAUAAUAGUUCUUGAAAUCUGAUAGUUGUAUUGCCACCUUUGGAUUGGAUUUCUUAAUGUUGGAUUCGCACUAGUUUGGAUGCUCGGAUACUUUCAAAAUGAGAUGGGAUUCUUAGCUUUGGAUUAUAAAUCUUGAAACUUACUUCAUUGGAGUACGACCCCAUUGAUUCAAAUUAAAAAUUUCUCAAUUGGAAAAUAGUUGCGUCGAAUUGUUGGAACCUUAAUUUUCCUAAAAGCUCAAAAACCUUUCGAAAUCAGUUGGUAGCUCAAAACGUAGAUAUGUUUGGGUUGUCAAAAGCAAGUGAGAUCUUUUCAAGACCCAACCAGUUUGAAGUGGUGCAUCAAGUCAUUCCCGAAAUCAUCUGAGAUACCAUAAGACACCCACCCGGAUUAGGGGCCACCAAUUCCAGCAGCCUACGCUCCACUUCCGGCCAAACGAAUGCAUUCGCGGUACGGCUUUGACUGCCAGACGCGCCACUACCAACACCACCACCAGCAGCAGCACCACCAGCACCACCACCACCACCACCACCACCCAACCCCGCCGUGCAGCAUUCCGUUGGAGUCGCCGCCAACGCCGCCAGUGAUCAGUCCCAGCGCCGCUGCUGCCGUGGCCUACUCGAAUCUCCUGGAGAAGUGCCGUUGCAAGCAAUCCGUGGCCACCAAUCCCGUUCCAGCUCCACCCGCCCAGCUCCAAUUGCAGUUGCACCACCAUCAUCACCACCAUCACCACCAGACCUUCGUGGCCAGCGCCAGUGCAACCAGCUACAGCAACUGUUCCGGCAUUGGAUUGGGUUCGAGAACGGGAUCGGGAUCGGGAUCGGUAUCGGCAUCGGGAAGUGGCACCGGAUCCUCUCCAUCCGCUUCCACGUUGGCCAACUCCGCUUGUGCCAGCGCAACGAACAUUUCGGGGGGAUCCACCAGCACCACCAUGUACCACCACCACCAUCGGCGCCACAAUAACUUGUCCUACUGCGGUGUUUCGGGCCAGGAGCAGAACUACCAAGUGCAAUAUGUGGACUCAGAGCUGUACCACAGCAACUCCAGCCAGACGCAAAUGACGUACCCAUUCUGCCCGGUGGGGGACUACCAGGGCAAUGGCCAGACGGCCUACUACUCGACUACGGGUCAGUACGGAGCCACCUCGUCGGCCGGAGGCUCCUCGAAUGGGGCGCACUCCACGACGCUGCCGUACCUGGUGCCCGUGGAGGAGGGCAUCCUCCUCAAUGGCUCCGCACACUCGCUGUCGCAGUCGCAGUCACAGUCGCAGUCGCAUGGACGCGAUUCGCCGCACAGCCUGACGGUGAGUAGCAGGGAUUGGGAGCGGGAUGCGGACCGGGUGAACGGAACUAAUCGCCACUGGGUGCAGGAGGUCGCGUACAUCCAGGAGGCGCAGAGCACGCCCCAGACGCCCACCUCGACGACCACAACCCACUCGGCUAGCGGCGGCAGCCUGGGAACGGGCGGCGGAGGCGCCUCCCCGGAUUCCGACCAGAGUGCGCUCGGCAGCAGCAACAAGAUUGCCUCGGCAACGAUCAAGUGGCUGUCGCGCAACUACGAAACGGCGGAUGGGGUGAGCCUGCCCAGAAGCACGCUGUACAACCAUUACAUGCAGCACUGCAGCGAGCACAAGCUGGAACCCGUGAAUGCGGCCAGCUUCGGCAAGCUGAUACGUUCCGUGUUCUCCGGACUGCGCACACGUCGCCUGGGCACGCGCGGCAACUCCAAGUACCACUACUAUGGCAUCCGCAUCAAGCCCGGCUCGCUCCUAAACAGCCAGGCGAUGGACGACAAGCAGAUGCUGGCCGCCGGCUACGGACCAUCCUCGGACGGAUCCGGCGGACCGGGCAGCGGACCCUUGGUUAGCGUCACCAGCAGCACCGCCGGACAGCUGGCCGGCUCCAAUGGAUUGGGCGGUGGCCAUGGCCAGCGGCACAGCGGCGGCACCAAGAAGCACACCUUCAAGCCGGAGACCUACGAGGCGUGCAUUCAGUACAUCGGCGAUGGAACCAGUGCCCUGCCCUCGUUUCCGCCCAUCGAGCUGAACCACAGUUUCAACAGCGAACUGACUCUGGAGGACGUGGACACCUUCCGUGCGCUGUACCGUGAGCACUGCGAGUCCUUCCUGGACGCCGUGCUCAAUCUGGAGUUCAACACCGUGGAGUUCCUGCUGCGCGACUUCUGGCGGGCCAGCGACAACAACAAUCUGGACGAGUGCGAGGAGGAGAAGUAUCUGAGCAAGACGAAGCUGUAUCUGUUGUGCCACUGCGCAGAAGUGCAGAAGUUCGUGCGAGAGGUGGACUAUCAGUUCUACCAGAACACCGUCGAUGUCAUCAUACCAGAUGUGCUCCGCUCCAUACCGAACGCCCUGACCCAGGCCAUUAGGAACUUCGCCAAGAACCUGGAGAUCUGGCUGUGCGAGAGCAUGCUGGGCGUGCCGGAGCAGCUUGCCCAGAUCAAGACCAGUGCCGUCUCGGCCUUCUGCCAAACGCUGCGGCGCUACACCUCGCUGAAUCACCUGGCGCAGGCGGCUCGAGCAGUGCUCCAGAAUGGCGCCCAGAUCUCCCAGAUGCUAAGCGAUCUCAAUCGCGUCGACUUUCACAAUGUGCAGGAGCAAGCUGCCUGGGUGAGUCAGUGUGCGCCCGCCGUGGUCCAGCGCCUGGAGAGCGACUUCAAGGCCGCUCUGCAGCAGCAGAGCUCCCUGGAGCAGUGGGCCAGCUGGCUGCAACUGGUGGUGGAGUCGGCCAUGGAGGAGUACAACGGGAAGCCGACUUAUGCCAGAGCCGCCCGCCAGUUCCUGCUGAAGUGGAGCUUUUACAGCUCCAUGAUCAUACGGGACCUGACACUGAGAUCCGCAUCUAGUUUCGGCAGCUUCCACCUGAUUCGCCUGCUGUUCGAUGAGUACAUGUUCUACCUGGUGGAGCACAAAAUCGCCGAGGCACAAGACAAAACCGCCAUUGCGGUUAUCUGCGAAAGAAUGAAAAAGGACAUGGACUUUGAGUUCGAGUGCCAGUUCGCCUACAUCACCAGCGACGCGGAGCACCAGACGACUCCGAGCUCGGCCAGCAGCGGAGGCGACGUGGGCAACGAGGCGAAGCGACUGAAGCAGGAAUGAGGCCCCGCGACUUGGUUGUCCAUGUGGAUGCAGUGGCUGGCAUUGAGCGGCAUAGUCGUAGUGUUUAUGUAACCAGUAACCUUUGACCCCAUCAGUGUGCACCCCCAGCCCAAGCCCCUGUCGUCACCAGUCAUUCAGCUCUGCAUUUAAUAAUGGAACCGUGUUGUAUAUCCGUAAUCGUAUCGUAUCUGUGUGCUAGUUUUUAGCCCUAAGUUCCCUCACAACCAGCGUAGUCAGUCAAAAUUUUAGUGGUUAGUUUUAGGCAGGAUCCUUGCUCAUAUGCAGUAAAAGAUCUUUUGGACGGGCACUUGCGAUAUUGAACACCAUUUAUGAUAUUGUUCAGAUUUAAACAUUUAUUAUAUUGUUCAGUUUUAACCAUUUAUGGACAAAUGAACACUGAAAGUAUGUUUUCAGAGUAAAAAACUUUUGCUGUAGUAACAUUAACCAAACCCAAAGUUUUGUAUUAUAUGGGUCUGAGCUCGUUGACCGCCCAAGGGAGCUUUAACUGGAAUUUGUCGAGUAUUGGACUGCCCCCGCAUCGAAGUGAAGAGCCGUCCAGAGAGCAAGCAAGUUGAAAGCCAGUGCGGCAGCAACGUCUGGUCUUGUCUGCCCUGAUCUGUAUUCGUAGGAUACGUUUUAGUUUAAGUACAUGUGCAUUAAUAAUUGUAAUCAACUGUCUACGAUAACGAUGGGUUUGGAGGUGGCAUCAGUUUUGUCUGGUUUCAACAAACGAUCUUGUAUAUCAUAGCGCACGGCGCACACCACACACAUAGUCUUAGCACCCACACGCGCACUCAGAGGGAUUAGUCAGGAAGCUUCUAGAUUAUAGCUAAGGAACACAGCUCACAUGGAACACAUGGAACACAUCGAACAGCUUGCUCAAGUUCAAGUGGAAGACCCACAGCCAGCUCAAAACACGAAACCUAAGCUAAGUGAACAACAGGCCUUAAAUGUGCAAAGAUUAACACUCAAUUUUGAAACAAUACAAUUUACAUUACCUAAA